AGGCGGUUCUGGUCCUCAGCAUCAGCAGCAGCUGCAUCAUCCGGACGGCAGGCUGGAGCCCUGGUACUCGUACACCCACUGGUUCCCCAUGGCUUCGGCCCAUGUGAUGAAGGACGGCGGGCCGGAGCCGAUACCGCGCAUGCAGCCCGCCAUGAUGAUGUUCUCCAGCAAGUACUGGUCCAGGAGGGGGAUGUCUCUGGACUCGGCCAUGUUCGACCAGCACAACCACCACCAUCAGCAGAGGCACACCGGGGGACAGAUGUCCAGACGGACAUCUUUCUGUCCAAUCAACGAGAAGCCCAAUGGCGAAAACGCAGAGGAUUCUGGGAAAACAGCGGUGGUGUUUUCUCUGAAAAACGAGGUCGGCUAUCUGGUCAAAGCGCUCAGACUCUUCCAGGAGAGACGGGUCAACCUGAACCACAUCGAGUCCCGGAUGUCGAAGCGGGUUCCUAACGAGGUGGAGAUCUUUGCCGACUGCAAAUGCAGCAAGAAAGAGUUUAACGAGCUUCUGCAGCACCUCAAAGAUCACGUCAACAUCAUCUCCUUCAACACGCCUGCACAUGUUUGGUCAGCUGAGGCAGAUGAAGAGGACGUUCCCUGGUUUCCCAUGAAAAUCUCAGAGUUGGAUCAGUGUUCACACAGAGUGUUGAUGUACGGGUCGGAGUUGGAUGCAGAUCAUCCUGGGUUUAAGGAUAACGUUUAUCGUCAGCGCAGGAAGUACUUUGUGGAGGUGGCCAUGAACUACAAAUUUGGGCAGCCCAUCCCUCGGAUUGAGUACACCUCCGAGGAGGUGAAGACGUGGGGCGUCGUGUUCCGAGAGCUGACCAAGCUGUACCCGACCCACGCAUGCAGAGAGUACCUGAAGAACCUGCCGCUGCUCACCAAACACUGCGGCUACCGGGAGGAUAACAUCCCCCAGCUGGAGGACGUCUCCCGUUUUCUCAGAGAGCGUUCUGGCUUCACGGUGCGACCUGUGGCCGGUUACCUUUCUCCCAGAGACUUCCUGGCUGGUUUGGCCUACAGAGUGUUUAACUGCACUCAGUACAUUCGCCACAGCACCGACCCCCUCUACACACCAGAACCAGACACGUGUCAUGAGCUGCUGGGUCACGUUCCCCUGCUGGCCGACCCAAAGUUCGCCCAGUUCUCCCAGGAGAUCGGCCUGGCCUCUCUGGGAGCGACGGAUGAGGACGUCCAGAAACUGGCCACGUGUUAUUUCUUCACCAUCGAGUUUGGACUCUGCAAACAGGACGGUCAGCUCAGAGCUUAUGGAGCGGGAUUACUGUCAUCCAUCGGAGAGCUCAGGCAUGCUCUGUCUGAUAAAGCCUGUGUGAAGAUGUUUGACCCAAAGACGACCUGCAACCAGGAGUGUCUAAUCACCACCUUCCAGGAUGUUUAUUUUGUCUCUGAGAGCUUCGAGGAAGCCAAGGAGAAGAUGAGAGAAUUCGCCAAAUCCAUAAAGAGGCCGUUCUCCGUGUACUACAACCCGUACACGCAGAGCGUGGAUCUGCUAAAAGACACCCGCAGCAUCGAGAACGUGGUGCAGGACCUGCGCAGCGACCUCACCACGGUCUGCGACGCCCUCGGCAAGAUGAACACCUACCUGGGAAUCUAAGGCCGAAGCAAAUCCCACUGCAAAAAAA